CGGUAUAGACCACAUAGGGGGUUGAGUGAAAAGGAAGCCACGUUGACACGAAAAGUGGUGUUUUCUUUUCUUUUCUUUUUUUUUCUCACGCCGGGAAAUAACGGUCACGUCGACAAGUUACGUCUGUCAGCUCAGGAGCCUCAGCGGAAACAUCUAAGGACAGUUAUUGUCCAGGUCAGAAACGCCACAUCAUCUGACAGGAUGAGCGUUGGAUUCAUUGGAGCGGGCCAGCUGGCUCAUGCACUGGUGAAGGGUUUCACUGCUGCAGGUGUGAUUGCCACACACAGGAUUACAGCCAGCUCCCCAGACACAGACCUGCCCACUGUGACAGGACUGAGGAAAAUGGGCGUAAACUUGACGACGAGCAACAAAGAGACGGUUAACAAGAGCGACGUGCUCUUUCUGGCUGUCAAGCCCCACAUUAUCCCCUUUGUUCUGGAUGAGAUAGGACCAGACAUCGAGGACCGUCAUCUCAUAGUUUCUUGUGCAGCAGGUGUUACCAUCAACUCCAUAGAGAAGAAGCUGCUUCAGUAUCGUACGGCUCCUAAAGUCAUGAGGUGUAUGACAAACACUCCAGUGGUGGUGAGAGAGGGAGCUACGGUGUAUGCCACAGGAACACAUGCUGAGGUGGAGGAUGGCAAGUUGCUGGAGCAGCUGAUGGCCAGCGUAGGUUUCUGCACUGAGGUGGAGGAGGACCUCAUUGAUGCUGUCACCGGUCUGAGCGGCAGCGGACCUGCCUAUGCGUUCACAGCCCUGGAUGCUCUUGCAGACGGAGGCGUGAAGAUGGGUUUGCCCAGGAGACUCGCUGUCAGACUUGGAGCUCAGGCCCUAUUGGGAGCAGCUAAGAUGCUCCUGGAUUCGGAGCAGCAUCCCGGUCAGCUGAAGGACAACGUGUGCUCACCAGGGGGCGCCACCAUCCACGCCCUGCACUUUCUGGAGAGUGGCGGCUUCCGCAGCCUCCUGAUCAACGCGGUGGAGGCUUCGUGCAUAAGGACACGGGAGCUGCAGUCGCUGGCAGACCAGGAGCGAAUCUCUCCAGCAGCCAUCAAAAAAACCACGUUGGACAAAGUCCUCCAGCAGCCCGGAGUCACAGUCAGCGGAGUGGCUAAUGGGAACGGCAAAGCAGGGCUCAGCUUGUUCAACAAUCGUACCUCUGGGAUCAAGAAGAAGAACUGAGUACACAGAGAGACAGACACACACCAACAACAUGUUACAGCUUUCAGUGUACCACUGUGUACAUAUGUGGACAUGCAUACGUUUUAAGACGAUGUUCAACCAUAGAAGUGAAAAAAUGGACUCAGAACUGUUCAAAAAUCAUAUCCGCACUUUGCCAAAUGAUUUAUUCGUACUUGAGUGACAUGCAGACUGUGGACCUGGUGAUGACAUCACCAAAUUACACACAAGCACAGGUGUCCUCUGCACACAUUGCUCACAGUUACAGCCUUAUGUUGUGAUGCAGGAUUACUAUCUACAUAUACACAAACCCAGAUACGCACUGAAGAGCAGAAGUGCAUUUACAAUCUGUCUGUCUGCUCGAGAGUCUCUCGGGCCGUUAAAUGGUAAUGACCUGGUGGGCCAUCAUGGUCUCCUGAUACACACCAGGCAGCAGAUGGCUGCUAGAUAACAUAAAGCUAUUAUUGUAUGUCUUUAAUGUCUGUCUUUAAAAAAAAGUCAUAGUGGAAGUCAUCAUGUACCCUUUUUUUCUUUUUGCAAAUAAUUAGCUUUGGCCAACAGUAUUAUGCUGUUAACAAGGACUGAAUGUGGAUCAAACAAGGAUUUUGAUAACUUUUGGUUGUCAUAUAUUAACACUAUCGUCUUCUAGCACAUUACAGACUUUGUGCCUUUGGCCCAGAACAUAUUUUUUCUCUCAUAAAGGUCAUUCUGAGCUUUAAUACACUUCUGAUUUCCGCAUGUUUUUGUUGUGCUGAAGGACAUUGUGCGUCUUAAAACCCAAAGGCAAAGAGGUCUUCUCCUAAAGGAGUGUGAUGUUAUCUGGAACCGCUUAAAUUAUGUUCCCAGUGAUACGCAAUUUAUGUAGACAACGAUGUAAAGGCAUUAUGCCAGCCAUCAAUCCGUCCAAGCUGUGCAUUUUGUAUUGUUCUUUAAAUUUUAUCCCCAUAAUGUUUCAUGUAUUGUUUUGUUUGACACAUCAGCCACUGAAUGGGUCCGAGUCAAGAAGUUGAUAUUAAAGAAGCAUAAUCUGG